ACCAUACUUCCGCCUGUGUGGGUUGAAACGAAACGGCGGACCGAGCUGUGCGCCCAGAAGUGCAAACACAGGCUAACUGCUGGUCGUAACGUAAACAAAGGCAAUACUACACGGUACUACACAGCGACUGGUCGACCGCACAGCGACCAUGUUGCCCGGCGCGGUGCUGGUACUCCUGGCUCUGGGCUUCUCCGCGGUUGACCAGGCGGCUGCAGAGAGACGGCUGGUCUACGUGACAGUGCUGUUUCGCCAUGGCGACAGAUCACCCGUCAAGGCGUACCCUACGGACCCCUACCAGGAGAGCGCUUGGCCACAAGGCUUUGGCCAACUGUCGCAGGAGGGCAUGAGACAACACUAUAACCUGGGCCAGUUCCUCCGGGUGCGAUACAACGGGUUUCUGAACGAAACGUACGACCGUCGAGAGGUGCACGUACGCAGUACAGACUACGACCGCACCUUGAUGAGCGCGGAGGCCAACCUGGCAGCUCUCUACCCCCCCAGCGGUCAACAGAUCUUCAACCCGGACCUGAAGUGGCAGCCGAUACCGGUACACACUGUGCCCCAGGACCAAGAGACUCUGCUCUCCUUCCCGACGGAUAAGUGCCCACGCUACAAGCAGCUGAUGACCGAGACGGAGAAAAGCCCGGAGUUCGUCAACAUGACCACCAAGUACUCGGACUUUAUGGAAAUGGUGCAUAACAAGACGGGUCAGCUCAACACCAGCGUGGAGACGGUGUGGAGUGUCUACGACACGCUCUUCUGCGAGUCGCGCCACAACCUCACCGCUCCAGCGUGGGUGACGGAAGACGUCAUGGACAAGCUGAAGAUACUGAAGGACUUUGCAUUCCAGAUCAUGUUUGACAUCUACAAGCACCAGGAGAAGUGCAGGCUGCAGGGAGGUGUGUUGCUGGGGGAAAUAGUGAAGAACCUUUCCAAGAGGGCUGAGCUGAACUCCAACGAGCCGCUGAAGAUGAUGAUGCUCUCAGCGCAUGACACUACGGUGGUGGCGCUGCAGUCUAGCAUGAGUGUGUUCAACGGCAUCCAGCCCCCAUACGCCUCCUGUCACAUGAUCGAGCUCUACAGAGAGGACAACGGAUCCAUGUCCGUCUCCAUGUUCUACCGCAACGACAGCAGCCUGCCCGAGCCGUACCCGGUGGCCCUGCCCGGGUGUUCUCAGGACUGCCCCCUGGAGGACUACAUCAGAAUCACAGGCCCCUUCAUACCGGAUGACUUGGAGAAGGAGUGCCAGGUGCCCUCGGCGUUCAAUGACAAAGAGGUGGUGGUGGCGUUGGCCGUGUCCAGCGCCCUCCUCGUCUUCCUCCUGGUCCUGAUUACCGCGCUCCUCUGUCGGCAGAAGCAGCCAAUCACCAGCCAGGGAUACCGUCACGUGACCAACCAAGAGGGCUUGGGGGGCGAGUAUCACUCCUGACAGAGGGGCAAGCUCCUCCCCCAAAGGGGCGUGGCCGACCUGUGGGACAGCAGCGACUGCGACGACCUCUGAGAGAAUUGGACACCAAAAGUUUUUUUGAUUCUUUUUAUCCAAAAUAAAAAAGGGUUUCCGGGUCGCAGAUAAGUUGUUUCAUUGAGGUCGGAGACUUUGGACGCCAUUUUACACCUGUUAGAUCAAAAGGAAAAAACGAAGAAUUUCGAAUCAAAACUCUUCUCUCCCACGUGGACAAAACAAUAAGAACGACCUUCCCCGAGGGACCGGUGUUCCUUAUUGUAAAGGGCCUUAAAAAGUACAAACAAAAUACAGAUUCAAAGUUGAACAAGAACACACGCUUAAGUGCAAUUCCAUUUAAAUACUCAGGUUUACUGGGUACUCUACGGCCGCUGCUCAACAGCAUCACAGUUCUACAUAGGUCUUCAAACAGCGCUUCUUGGGGAUAAACCGGACCACCCAGUCUAUCCCAGGCUUAGUGAUAGCGUCCAAACAGGGUCCUUUCCAGUACAGGGUUGGUCAUGCGUUUCACAUUUCGCUGAUUGUUCCUGUAAUUAAAUUGAAGUAACUGCUUAAAUGUUUUCUCAACCUGCCAUAUUCUGCUUUAGGAUCGGCUUAAGAGCUUAUGUUUAUGAUAAUUUGCCUGUCGAGACGGUAUGUUGCGUGUGGACAUGUCGGCCUUGUGCGCGGACAUGUUACAGGCCAUUGGUAGAUGGAUCAGUUAAUUAUGCUUUCCAUUUCACACGCGUGUUCUGUCUUUUGGCACUUUGAACAGGUCUUGGAGUAUCUUUGUGCGUCCUAUUUUCCUUUCAUGGGUGCCUAUACAGUCAUGCCUUAAAAUCACUUUAAUUAUUCUGAUAAUUAAGAGAUAAUCAAACGUUUCUCAGUUCAUCCAAGUAUUAAAAGAGUUGAUUUUGUUCAAAUUGAUUUCAGUAGUUUAUUUUUCAGUGUUUUUUUUUUUUCAGAAAAGAGAAAAAAGGAAAUUUAGAUCCUAUUCACAGGUGUCAUUGUAGAAAAAACACAGGUGUCACUAAUCACACUAAAUAUGGGUCUGCUCCUUGUAGGUACAUGUAAGGAAGUAGACUAAUCGAGUGAAGAAAAUCACAUUGGAGCCGACUCCUAAUUCGUGUUAUGAGCUGUCGACAAAACUAAACUUGAAUUGCAAAUGUAUAUUUGUUUAUACCAUUUAAAUAACAAUUAGGUUUAUAUUUGGUAUCAUUGUGAUCCAAUGAUAAAUUAAUGUAGAGACGUCACUGACUGACUUUAGGGAUAUUUAAUGCGUUUGAAAUAAAGAGGCUUGAUGCACAAGUUAA